AAGCCAUCUAAGGUAACCCCAUUCACACGCAAAAUGGUCGUGCAUGCAUUCCAUCAAACUAGCAGCAUGAGGAUCAGCAACAACCGAGUCCGACCCGGCCAAUAAGAGCGGCGCGCAUCUCGUCUUGCCUCUUCUCGUUCUAGCCCUCUUAUCACCGCACUGAUGGGCCGGAAUUUUAUGCUGCCGUUUGCUGCGGCCACGACUUGGGCGUUCAGGCCCUUUAUUAGGCAGCCGCCUGCAUCCUUGCCCACGCUAUGUCCCCUCUGCCACAAGGCAUAGGCGGCCGCCGACUGCACGUUUUGCCCCAUUUCCUUGCCAUGCUAGCACUUUGCACCGACCAAAACUCAAGAUAAAAUGAAGAUAUCUUGAUAAUACCGCAAUCAGAUAGGUUCAGCGUCAUGAUUGUUUCAUUCAUCUAAUCAAUCGAUCACCAAACCAACGCGAAACCACAAUGGCCGACCCACUAUCCAUCGCCGCGAGCGUCACGGGCGUGCUGGCCUUCACAGCCAAGCUGACACGAGAGGUCAUCACACUGGUAUCCGACGUGAGGGACGCGCCCCAAGAGAUCGUCGACCUGCGGUUCGAGCUGGAACACCUGUCGUCGCUGCUGCACUCGGCGCACGACCUCUCGCUGCGCAACCCGCUGCGGCCCGAGGACAAGCCGCUCGAGGCCACCGUCGAGGACUGCCUCGACCGCUGCCAGGAGGUCAUGCGCGACAUCAAGGACCGCCUGAGCUCGUUCCUGGCCAAGGGCAGCGGGCGCAGGAGCCCGCGCCGCUUCUUCAACUCGACAUACUGGUACUUCCGCAAGGGCGAGAUCACCAAGUUCAAGGAGAGACUGCGGAACUCGCGAGCUAUGCUCGACGUGUCCGUCAGCGUGCUGAACGGGCACUUGGUGGGCAAGGGCCAGCAGGAGAUCAGAGACGAGAUGAGCCGCGGCAUGGACAGGCUGGCGUACCUGUUCGAGAGCGCCGAGAACGCGCGCAAGUUCCACCGCCGGCUGCAGGACGACCUGGAGAGCGUGUCGGCGUUUGGAGGCCGGCGGGCGUCGGUGUCUGACGCAACCGACGCUGGCCUGCCGAUGCGGAAAUACCUCGAGCAAUACCACAACACAACCAGCCUGGCGCCUCCAACGGUGGUGAUGCAGGAAGACCCCCCAGAUGGCGACAGCGUGACGCUGGCCUCAGCCAGCGAGAUGGUCGCCGAGGAGACACCGUCGCUCGUGCAAGCCGCACAGGCAGGCAACGCACAGCAGGCGCGGGCGCUGAUAUCGCUCGGAGCCGAGCCGUCGGCGCGGCUGCACGACGGGCGCACGGCGCUGCACUUCUGCGCCAUCUACGACGACGUGGCCACGGCCGAGGUGCUUCUCGAGCACGGCGCCGAAGUCGACGCCACAGACCAAAAGUCUCGGGCGCCCAUGAGGGUCGCCCUGAGCAGCGAGUCGUACGCCGUGGCGGCGCUACUGCUGCGCAAGGGCUGUGCCGUCGAGAAGCUGCUCCCCGCACUGCUCGACGCUGUCAGGGACGGGGAAGGGAUCCCAGGGUUCAAAGACUUCCUGGCUGCGCUGCGCGAGCGCCUCGACGUGCCGGAGGGAACACCGCACUUAUUGCAUGAGGUGAUUGGACGCGAGGACGACACGUCGCUGCGUCUCUUGCUCGAGGGCGGGUUCGACCCAAGUACUCGAGAUGCGUGCGGAAUCUCGCCGAUCCACCACGCCAUCAUCCUCAAGCGGCAGUCGACGGUCAAGCUGCUCCUCGAGCACGGCGCCGACAAGAACGACUACCUGCCGCCAGAAACCCACGACCGCCUGCGCGAAGAAAUUGCCUGGCACCGGCCGCUGUUCCCGAUGCUCGUCUCGGGCAUCACGCCCAUCGCAACGGCCGCACGGGCCAUGACCGACCCGAAAAUGCUGCUGCUGCUGCUCGAAGCCGGCGCAGAUCCGAACUGGGAGUACCCGUCGGACGGCGUCAUCGCGCUGAUCGGCCUCUGCGCCAGCCAGUACCUGGACUCCGCCAAGCUGCUCGUCGACUUCGGGUCGCACGUCAACCACAAGAACCACACGGGGCACAGCGCGCUGUACUGGUCGGUCGUGUGCGGCAACGACGCGCUGCUGCAGCACAUGCUGGACCGCGGGGGCGGCGACCUGGGAAUCGUGUGCGAGGCCGACGGCCGCUGGACGCUGCUGCACGCCGCCGCGUAUCAGAACCGCGCCGACGUCGCGCGCACCCUCGUCGCGCGCGGCGCGGAUCUGCUGGCGCGAGAUGCUAGGGGCCUGACGCCAGCUGAUGUGGCGGUGGCGUAUGGGAAUGGGGACAUGGCGAGGUUCUUGGGGGAGAAGACGAGGGAGGUGGUUGAGGCGUCAAGGGCGGGGGAUGAUAAGGGGUGAGUUUUUAGGCUCAGGCGUCA